GGCAAGGGAUCCUUUCAGAAUCCUUUGAGCCAGUAUCCCCGCGGCAAAGGCUUUGAAGAGCCGUAUCCGGCAGAGGAACUGAAGGAGGUGCCACAGCUACCAACUCCAGUUGAGAGCACAAGUUCACGAAGGAAAACCAUGGUGGGCGUCCCUGGAGAAGUCCGGGAAGUUCUGUCCAAAGAUGCCAAGGACAAGUUGGUGGCAAUGGUCACACCGGUGCCUUCUGCGGUGACGGUCGCUUCCGCAGUUACAGUCGCUUCCGUGGCUUCCGUGGCUUCUGUGGCUACGGUGUCCCCUCCUGAGGGGCCGCGGAUUGAAGCGAGAAGCAACGAAGAGAGCCAGGUGAGCCGCUUGGAACCACAGAGAUUUGUGCCUGAUCCGUUGCCAACAGAGAAGCCGCAAAGUCCAGAGCGGCACCUGGAAGAGUUCCAGGCAAGUGCCACGAGUCCUUCAAAAGAAUCUCCAAAGCGAUCCAGGAUGAAGAGUCGGUCGCGAUCGACUUCUUUCAACGACGCUGAGGAGAAGCGCGGGAUCCGGGCAGAUGGCUUGCAAGAACUUCUGCAGGAAGUCUAUGACAAGUUCAGGCGCUGCUCUGCGCAGUUGCGAGAAGCGGAUCUGCACCGGGGCAAAAUCCAGGCUCCUGGUUCCAACGCAGGCGCAGGUGCAGAGGACACUGACCUGGCUGAUACAUGGCAAGAAGUGGAGUGGUUACGACAGGCAGUAGUGGGCAUGCACAGCCACCUUUUGCUUGCGCAGAAGCGGCAGAAUGUCUUAGAGAAGAGAUGCAAAGAUUUUCAAGACAAGAUCUCCGAAAUUCGUUCACAAACAGGGCCUGCACCUGACAGCACACUCUUGGCUCCACCACGGUCAGAGAAAGAGGAGAAGCCACGGGCAGUCUACGCUCCCCAUGUUGCAAACGUUGCAAACGUUGCCAACGUUGCCAACCUUGCCAACGUUGCUGUUGCUAACGUGGCUUGCAACUCCACUCCACGUGGACGAGGGCCAGUGACCACCUAUGUGCACCCUCCAGCACAAAUUCGCGCAGCAUCAGCUCCACAGGUUGGCCUUGGAAGAGUUGCAAUGCCUAAAGGCUAUGCCUCUGAAGUGUGUUUGCCAUCCCCGCGCCAGGUCUUCCAAGAGUCUCCAGCUUUGCGAAGACAGGGACCUCAAGCCUUCGUUCCGGUGCAUUCAGCAUCACCCGGGAAAUUGCCCUUAACUUCUCGGAUACAAAUUGCGUCCAUGGAGGGAAGCCCGGUCUUCAUGCCCUCGCCGCAGAGUGCUUCUCACGCUUCUCCAGCACAAGGGGUUAGGGCCUGGUUGUCCUCUCCGAUGCCUUCCAUUUCGGCACCCGUCACACCAGUGAGAACUCCCGUUCCGACGCCGCUGGCAUCGCCUGCACCCACGCCUCCGGUGCCAGGACCAGGUCUUCCAGGGCUCCUCUAUGGUUCGGCGCCAUUAGCACCAACCUUAAUGCCAAGCUCGCAGUUGACAGGCUCCUGGUCCGUCCCACACCCCAUGAGGUAUCCGAUGCCGAUGCCUCAAAUGCCCCCGAUGCCUUUCAGCCAGAGCAUGCUGGGCAUCGGUCCUAGCAUCGGUAUGCAGGGCAGCGGAAAUCAGAGCUUGGGGCGGUUUGGUCUGAGCAAUUCAAUCAGCUAAGCAUUGCUCAAGCAUGACAAGAGAGUAGCGAUGUCGAGGAAAUCGG